AUGAACGAGAAGGCCGCGAACGCGGACGAGCGACGGCUUGCGAGGUCCAACCAGGAGCUAUUGGCCUCUGACCGGGAAGAGAAGGAGGAGGAACAUGAUGAUCAGGUGGAAGAGGCCCGCGCAAGAUAUGUUGCCGAGCAGCAACAAGAACCCAAUGCCGCCCACACACAAGCCCCCUCCCCCACGGCUGUGGAGAUGGACAUCUGUCCUACCGACUCGGACAAUGACGACGACGAUGACGGCAGAGGCGACGGCGUGAGAGCGGCUUUACGUGCCGGCAAGCUAGCGGAGGAGACGGGUAUUGCUAGCGGCAGCGGUAGCGGCGGCGGCGGUGCCGGCGGUGGUGGGGUUGGCGGGAGCGGCUUUAGGCAGCCGGUGUUCGGAGGAGAGGACAACAAUAACGCCAACGCUGUCGCAGGGUUUAGGAGGCGGUUGUCUCCGUCGCCGCAGUCGUCGUCGCCGCCGUCGAUGCCAGCGGCUGCGGCUGCGGCUGUGGCUGCGGCGGCAGGGGGUGUCGCUGACGAUUUUCCCAGGGACGGCGCCGCUGGGGGUCGCGUCGAUGGGAGCGACGAGCCGGAGCGGGAGGACGACGGCGGCGCCGGCAGGAGGAGGAAGUUCCGCCAGCCUGUUUUCGACGGUGACGGGGACGACAACCACCAUCCCGCUGACGCUGCUGGCGCCGCCGCCGCUUUUUCCGCCGGGUGCUCCGGUCAGUCGGCGGCGGUGGCGACGGCGGCCUUUAGCGGGGACAGCAGCGGCGGUGGCGGCGGCGAGAAGAUUACCGCGCUGCCGGAGGCGGUGUCAGACGAGAACGCCGCCCCCGUAGCAGCAGCAGCAGCAGCAGCAGCAGCGGCACCACCCGCCGCCGCCGGCGCUCGACCGCCACUGGCUGGAGUUCUCCGGGAGGCCGGUGCUCCCCCCGGCGUUAGCGGCGGUGUCGGCGAAAAUGGAAGGCGUUUCUACGGUGUGGAUGGUGAUGAUGUUCCGAGGGGCAAUCCUUCUGGUCGCGGAAACCUUUCCCCCGAUGGCGGCGGCGCCGGCGGGUCGGAGAACAACGAUGGUGUAGUCGGCGGCGGCGGAAGGUACGGAGAGCCUGCUGUACCGGCCACUGCUGCUGCUGCUGCUGUUGACGCGGCCGCCGCUGCUGCGGCGGCGGGAGGAAACCCUAACAACGCCAGCCUGAGCAAUGCCUCCGUGAUGUUUGUCAAUCCGCGAGAGGCGGAAUGCGGAGGAGGAGGAGGGGCGGCGGCGGCGGCGGCGGCGGCGGCGGCGGAAGAGACUGCUGAGGCAAGGGGAGGGCUGCAGAGGAGGCUAACGUUCGGUCACGCGGGGGGAGCGGCGGCGGCGCCGUCCGUCAGAGGGGAGGGAAAGCCUGUUGGUGCUGCUGCUGCUGCUGCUGCUGUUGUCGCUGCCGGUGGGGGUGGUGAAGACACCGCGGAGGAGGCAAAGGACGGAGAGGAGGAAGACAUGACGAUCAACACCAAGCUCGUGUGGGAAGAGUUUUCGGCGUGGUUCGGCGAAGACGACGAAGAAGACGGGGGAGACGUCGAUGGCGCGUUCGGGGAGGAGGGGGGGAUGCUGCUACAAGAGCAAGGGUCUAACAAGCGCUGUGAGUGUGGGACGGUAGAGGCUCCUGUUUAG